UGGCUCGAUACAGCAGCAUCUGGUGCUGCCUUUUCUCGCCCUUCUUUUGGACUCACCGAGUCCUUCCCACCGAUGAUGCAUACGCGGGUCGGUCAUAUUCCCUCUUUCUUCAACGCAACUUUCCCCGCUUUUCCAAGAAGCAGCUAACCAGUGCUUUACCCAACGAAUAAAGCCAUCAUCAACCCCGCCUUGUUUUUCCCGUAAAGAUCGCCAUAACUCGGAGGACACAGAGCGACCAUCGAUCAUGGCCAUCAAGAACAACGCCGUCCGUGUCACAGCACGCUCCUGGGACGACGAGAUGACGACGGAAGAGUUCAAGGUGUGGCUGAAGAGCUUCGACACCAACAAGGACGGGCGCAUCAGCCGGGACGAGCUGCGGCGUGCCAUCCGCAGCAUCCGUGUGCGGUUCAGUGGCUGGAAGAGCAAGCGCGGUGUCCAGUACGCCGACUCUAAUGGCGACGGAUUCAUCGACGACGACGAGAUCGACAAUCUGGUGGAGUUCGCUCAGAAGAAUCUGGGUCUCAAGAUCGUGGCUUAUUAGGAGCAUCAAGAUGAGUCGGUGUGGUAAGCUGAACUGAUACAGACAGAUCAUGGUUUCAUCGAUCUGAAGGUGAUUAUAAUCUUGGUAUGUGCUCUUCUUUGUUGCUAUUGCAUGGCAUGUAAUCUUCUCUCGCGUCAAUCAAACACUUAUAAGUUGUGUAAAUUGCUCACUGUAUGUGACUUGAUGAAUUUUCUGUA